UGAGCUUUUGCCUCUUGAUAGAUUCCGACACUCCAAAGCUUUAUCCCCAUUCGGGCUUCCUCCUUUGGGCUCAUACUAAAAAACCAUAAUGUGGAGGUCCCUCAUUCGCCCGUCUUGUCGGCGUGCUCGUAACCCAUCUCUCAUCAGCACAAGGACACUGGCUCCACAAGUUUGCCACGCCAGCACCUCUUUGCCCGCGCACCCUGACGCUCCCAAAGGCCCUCACCCAAAAAUAUCCGGUCCUGCCCUCCUUAUUGUUGCUCUCACAGGGGUUGGCGUUGCUGCCACAUGGAAGACUCACGUUGAACAGCGCCAACGUGAAGAACAUCAAGCGCUUCAAGCUGCUGAAGAGGCUGCCAAAAAGGCAGCUGAAAAGGUGGCCCAAGUAGCAAAAGAAGAACAGUCAAAACUUGCUCAAAAGGCAAAGGAGGCAAAAGCCAAGGUCAUCCAAGCAACAGAAAAGGUUGUCCAAUCCACUCAGAAGGCAGCACAACAGGCGGUCGAAAAGACACGAGAAGAGGUGGUGCAUGUCAAAGAGACGGUCGUUCACAAGGCUCAACAAGCCACAGAGGCAACUGGAAAGGCGGUACAAAAGGCAAAGGAGCAAGUCUCGGACGCGGUGAAAAAAGUGACUCACAAGGCCGAGGCUGUCGUUCCGGCCGCUGCACACAAGCUCCCAUCAGCGGCUGCGUCUCUCAGCUUGUCGCCCUUGCCAGAUGACACGACCGUCGUUUUUGUCCUCGGAGGGCCAGGAGCUGGCAAGGGAACGCAGUGUGCGAACCUUGUUCGUGACUAUGGCUUUGUCCAUCUCUCUGCUGGAGAUUUACUGCGCGCCGAGCAAAACAGAUCAGGAUCCGAAUACGGAGAGCUUAUCAACAGCUACAUUAAGGAGGGUCAGAUUGUACCCAUGGAGAUUACUAUUGCUCUCUUGCACAAGGCCAUGAAGGAGGCGCAUUCAAGUCGAUUCUUGGUGGAUGGGUUCCCCCGAAAGAUGGACCAGGCCCUCAAGUUUGAAGAGGAGGUGUGCGAGGGAAAAUUUAUCCUCUACUUUGAGUGUCCAGAAGAAGAAAUGCUCAAGCGUCUCUUGAAGAGAGGCGAAACAAGCGGCCGGGUGGACGACAAUAUAGAGUCCAUCAAGAAGAGAUUCCAAACCUUCAAGGACACGAGUUUCCCCGUCAUUGAGCACUAUGAAGCAAAAGGAAAAGUCAAGACGGUAUCGUGCUUAAAAUCGGUGGAAGAUGUGUACGCAGAUACAAAAAAGGUGAUUGAUGAGCUGGUGGGGUAGAUUAGAAGUAAUGGUAUAUUUGGAUCGAAGGGAGCACACUAGGUGCAGAGAAUAGGCUACUUAUAAAUUUUUUGAUUAUUAAACAAAAAAUAAUGAUUACACUGAAUGGUCAGUCCGUACACA